AUGACAUUCUACGAACUAAGUUUGGUGCGAGGGACGAAGAGAGUUCAAGCGGGAACUCGGCGGCUAUUUUGGACUCGACGCUUCGAUAUGCUUCUGCUACUAUUUUGUCUGAUCUCCGGACUAUGUUCGUCGACUCUGGCGGCUACCGUCAGCGGCAGGCUUGACGUGAGCCCCCUUAAUAUUACUCGCAAGGAAGUCGCACACUCAAGCUUCAAGCUUCUGCAGGUCGGGAACUUCACGGGCCCCGCGUACUAUUCGCAAACCACUGUGCGGGACGUGCAUGGCAAUUUCAAGUUCGAGGGCGUACCGGAACCCAAGGACGCGAACUCCAGCACCUACUUUGUGCUCCAGCCUUCCUCUUUAGACUACAACUUAAAGCCCGGGCGCAUUCUGGUCCAGCUCGUCCGUGAUCCCGAGGAUCCUCAGAAAAUUGUCACCAAGGCCUUCAAAAACAGUUUUGGCCGCGAGAACUUUCCAUCUCCAGAGAUACUGUACCCCGAGAAGCUCGCGGAGGUGGCGGCCGAUCCCUGCAUCACCUUUUCUCUCGUCAAUGCGGCGCCCUUCCGCGAGUACAUUACGGAGCGGAACGCCGGGAUCUUGAAGAGCGGCCCAGUCGCAAGUAUACUGAAUUCCAAGUUCAAAAUGGCUGCGGUCAUUACUGCCGUUUUGAUGCUCUUGUUCCCAUACCUGCUAGAGAAAUUCGACAGCGAAACAGCCCAAGCCAUCAAGGACGACAGGUUGGAGAAACAGAAGCGAAAGUACGCCGACCAGAAGCGAGUCGGCGAGCAGGCCCAGCGCCUAGAGAAGAAGUAG